UCUGCCGCACGUAAUGGCCAUAAGGACAUUGUAUCUCUACUGUUGGAGAAAGGGGCGAGUGUCAACAUGGACGAUGCAUUGGGAAGAGCGACACAUUGGGGCCAUACGGACAUUGUUACAAUGUUGCUGGACAAUGGGGCGGACGUUAAUCAGGCAAUGCCUUGAAAAUUGUUAACAUUGUUUUUCAAAACGAUUCUUUUGUCAUCAUUAAUGCUUUAUAGCCAAUAUUUCGUUUUUA